GGACCACGGGCGGACCACAGGCACCGCGCGUCAUGACCACCGAGACCCCUCAGCAGCAGCUGGACCCCCCGCCUGCGGUGCUGCACCCCAGCAUGGCCGCCUCCUCCUCCUCCUCCUCCUCCGCCAAGGGCAAGAAGAGCAGCUCCGGGCUCCGGCGGCCGGAGAAGCCGCCCUACUCCUACAUCGCUCUGAUCGUCAUGGCGAUCCAGAGCGCCCCGAGCAAGCGGCUGACCCUCAGCGAGAUCUACCAGUUCCUGCAGGCGCGCUUCCCCUUCUUCCGCGGCUCCUACCAGGGCUGGAAGAACUCGGUGCGCCACAACCUGUCCCUCAACGAGUGCUUCAUCAAGCUGCCCAAGGGCCUGGGCCGCCCCGGCAAGGGCCACUACUGGACCAUCGACCCCGGCAGCGAGUUCAUGUUCGAGGAGGGCUCGUUCCGGCGCCGACCGCGCGGCUUCCGCAGGAAGUGUCAGGCCCUCAAGCCCAUGUACCGCAUGAUGAACGGGAUCGGUUUCGGGAGCUCCAUCCUGCCGCAGAGCUUCGACUUCCAGAGUCCGCCGGCCGCGCUGUGCCACAGCGGCGGCUACAACCUGGACAUGGCCGGGGGCUACGAGGGCCACCACGUCCCUCACAUGUCCCCGAGCCCCGGCUCCACCUACAUGGCCCCCGGCGCCGAGUACGGGCCGGACAGCAGCAGCAGCCCGGUGCCGUCCUCCCCGGCCAUGGCCAGCGCGCUGGACGCGCACUCCCCUUACGCCGGCGGUUCCGCUCACUGGGCCUCGUCGGCCGGUUCCGCCUACAUCAAGCAGCAGCCCGCGGCCUCCGGCCUGCACUCGGGCGUGGGCCCCUACUCCCUGGAGCAGAGCUACCUGCACCAGAGCAGCGGCCGGGAGAACCACAGCGGCGACCUCUCAGGUACCGAAGCCCGAACCUCCCUGGCGUUCGCCGUUUCCACACGCUAGUCGAUCCAAUUUAGCCCCAAUAAUAAUAAUAAUAAUAAUAAUAAUAAUAUAAGAAUAAGAAUAAUAACAACAGGAAAAGCGAAAGUCGGUCAAACGAACACGUGACUGCCGUUCUCCACUUGGGCCUUUGAUUCGUUGGUCAAGUUCAUUCCCGUUCAGUCGGCCGAAUCGCGGUUCUGAUGGCUCUGCUUCAGCUGCUGCUGUGUUUGGACCGGGCACCGGGAAGGCCUGCAGCGGCCCGGACGGAACAUCCAGCCGAACUCGAGGCGGGUGAACCCUCCGAACCAGGCCGGUCCGACACGCUGUUACCGAGCUGACGAACCGCUCAAAAAUCGACCCGCGCCGCAGGAGGCCGCAGGUACGAGUCCGAAUCUCCGCCAGAUUCAUCGGCUCUUUAGCUUCAAGAAAAUCCACGCGACGGUAGAGACCUGUUUUGACAUCGCUGCUGAGGACGAGCAGAAAAGUGACAUGUAAUAAUAAUAAUAAUAAUCGCCAUCAUCGUCAUGAAACCCUUUCGUGCUGGGCCUCGGAGCUCCGGGUCACCGGACCCUGUGCACGCGCGCGGCACUU